CGACUCCCCAGCACAUGACGUCUGUCUAGCAAUACUUUAGGAGACUUGCUACAAGUAGCGCAUUUAAAAAAUGUCUGAUUCUCCACCUCUUGGCUGGCCUGAUCUGGCAUAAUUCUUAUCCAGUCUAACUGGCAGAAAAGGGUCUCCUGUAUGGUUACCUUCAAGUAUCAACAAUUUCCCUUCUUGGAGACGAAAAAACAUCGGGUCUGAUUACCAAUAUGGCUCUGAACUUGGAGAAGCAGCUCCUUUUUUAUGGUGCCUACCAUAACAACCCAGUAAACGUCGCAAUUCACGUUACAUGUGUGCCGAUACUCCUGUUUACGGGAAUUGCCCUGGCCUCGAAUUCUCCAGCACUUUUCAACCUCCCUGAUGUCCUUCGUUUUGAGAACCUGCCCCCCAAUUUCGGCACCAUUGGGGCUUUGAUAUAUUCUACAUUUUACAUCUUGUUGGAGCCAGUUGCUGGAGCCCUGAUCGCGCCACUCAUCAUUGGUGGCGCGGCGUUCGCAAACCACCUUCUGACUACUCAUGGCUCGGACAUGAACUACUGGUUUGGUGGUAUCCAUGUCGUGUCUUGGUUGCUACAGUUCGUUGGCCAUGGUGCAUUUGAGCGUAGGGCACCGGCUUUGCUAGACAACCUGGUUCAGGCGCUCCUUCUUGCUCCUCUUUUCGUCUGGAUGGAGAUCCUCUUCUUCUUCGGGUACCGCCCCGAAUUGAAAGCGAGAUACGAUGAGAGCGUUGAGAAGGAGAUCGCCGCUUUCAAAAAGAAGAACGCGGGCGGCAAAUAAACUAGCCGCGCUUGAUCCCAUAAGAGCUGCAGAGCUUGAGCUUCUUUAAAAAGUAGUUGGGUAAUAAUAGCUGUCUUCGAGAUGGCAUUGAUAUUAACUUGAAAUUGACUUCAACCGGUCGCUGCGGUGGGAUACCUGGAGUUAUUGCAGAUGGCUAGAAAUUAUCUCUUCAGACAGGUUGUUUAAUUAUUGUUACUUUGAGAUACAAGCGCAGCCAUACGUCGCGCAAGUUUAGCGGUUGCUACAUUGGUUCUUACAGGUGUAGAGACCAAGCCGGUCAGCGGUUUGAAGCGGUGUACAGAUUGUUUUAGGAGGAAAGGGAAGAGAAAGAAAAAUUAGUGAUUUAAACAAGGACCAUGACAGGCUUGCGAAAAUUGGAUUCUCCAGAUAUCAGAGAAAUCCAACAAUUUCCUAGAAUAGUAGUCAAUGGCAGAUCCGUGUGUUGUUGGCAGGUUCAUGCAGACGGUUGCUGUGACGAAAAUGAGCGGGAAUGAGUAAGCUGGACUCAGUUAUCCGCAGAUCCGAGAAAAAUAACAGCGAAAAUUGAGAUUGCCAGGUGGCCCGCAGGAAAAGGUCGGGUACCCGGAAAAACAGCCAAGAAAACAUUCCUCAACUCCCACAACUUGGGGGGAAAGACGUGAGAACAAUGGACAUAAUUACAUAAAUACCCAUAGUGAAAUCAAA